AUGCCUGCCACAACGGCGGACACGCUAUCCCUCGUCAACCGCUCCGUCACGGUUGCUCCAUUAGUCCUCCUCUCCGUUGCGGAUCACUACGGGCGCACAGCCAAGGGCACCCGGAAACGUGUGGUGGGUGUCCUGCUGGGUGAGAACUCGGGGAACAAUGUGCGCGUUUCCAACAGUUUCGCAGUGCCCUUCGAGGAGGAUGAAAAGGACCCGUCGGUCUGGUUCCUGGAUCACAAUUUUGUCGAGUCGAUGAGGGAUAUGUUCAAGAAGAUCAACGCUCGCGAGAAGCUGGUGGGCUGGUAUCACUCCGGACCGAAGUUGCGUGCCUCUGAUCUGGAGAUCAACGAGCUUUUCAAGAAAUAUACUCCCAAUCCGUUGUUGGUGAUUGUCGAUGUACAGCCCAAGGAGGUCGGCGUACCAACAGAUGCCUACUUUGCUGUGGAUGAGAUCAAGGACGAUGGCACCACAACCUCAAGGACCUUUGUACACACACCCUCGAUGAUCGAGGCGGAGGAAGCCGAAGAGAUUGGCGUGGAGCACCUCCUCCGCGAUAUCAGAGACGUUGCCGUCGGAACACUCUCGACCCGCAUCACGUCACAGCUGCAGUCAUUGCAGGGACUACACCUCCGAUUGCGCGAUAUCGGCCAAUACCUCCAAAAGGUUCUCGACCACGAACUCCCCGUCAACCACGCCAUUCUGGGCAACCUUCAGGACGUCUUCAACCUCCUGCCUAACCUGUCGACCCCCUCCAACACACAACGCAUCAGCGGUCAGGAAACACAGACGGAGAACAGUGAAUUGGCGCGGGCGAUGAGCGUCAAGACCAACGACCAGUUGAUGGCGAUCUACAUCAGCAGUCUGAUCCGUGCGAUCACGGCUUUCCACGACCUGAUUGAGAACAAGAUUCAGAACCGUCAGCAACAGGAGGAGAACGACUCCAAGCGUGAGCAGGAGGCCAAUGGCGUCACGGGGGACAAGGACGGAAAGAAGGAGGGUACCUCGGCCGGUGGCGAGCAAAAGGAGGAGCAGGAUAGCUCUGACAAGAGCAAGAAGAAGAGCUAG